UCGUUUCGGGGAUUUUCCAGCAAAGCAGGAGAACAAAGCCUGAAGAAUUUCUUUGAAAAAGUCACUCAUCAUAAAAGCAGCUUAUUUUGUCUUUUGAGGUUUACCUCUCCAGCCAGCCAAAAUUCCCCCCAAACGCAGACAGCAGGACCGUCCUGCGCUUUCGCGGCUCGCUGGCAGGAAGGGACUGGUGGCAGCGGGGGUCCUGGGGAUCAUGAUGGUUCUGGUUUUGGUUGUCCUUAUUCCAGUUCUGGUGAGCUCAGCUGGAACAUUAACGCACUACGAGAUGCUCGGCGCUUGUAGGAUGGUGUGCGACCCAUACAGCACAACUACUCCAAGCAGCACCGGCGCUCCAGACGCGGUCCCGGACAACAGCCUCCUGCAGUCGUUGCCCACUUUUAUCCAGGGUCCCAGAGGAGAACCGGGUCGUCCGGGUAAGGUGGGACCAAGAGGAGCUGCAGGUGAACCCGGAUACCCCGGUCCAGCUGGGCCACCAGGAAAUAGAGGUGAGCCGGGGAAACCUGGUUUACCAGGACCCCCGGGACCCAACGCAGUUGCUGGCGCAAUCAGCGCCGCCACAUACAGCACUGUGCCAAAGAUCGCCUUUUACGCAGGACUGAAAAAGCAGCACGAAGGAUACGAAGUGCUCAAAUUUGACGACGUAGUGACUAAUUUGGGAAAUCACUACGACCCAACUUCUGGAAAGUUCACGUGUUCCAUCCCUGGGAUUUAUUUCUUCACUUAUCACGUUCUGAUGCGUGGAGGAGAUGGGACCAGUAUGUGGGCAGAUCUUUGCAAAAACAAUCAGGUACGUGCCAGUGCCAUAGCCCAGGACGCUGACCAAAAUUAUGACUAUGCCAGUAACAGUGCUGUGUUGCAUCUGGAGCCAGGAGACGAGAUCUACAUCAAACUAGAUGGAGGCAAAGCUCAUGGAGGCAACAACAACAAGUACAGCACCUUCUCUGGGUUUAUCAUUUAUGUUGAUUAGAUGCUGGCUUUACACAUAACAGUUGUCAUAACUUUAUUUUGCUGGUGAAACUGAAAAUAUAAUUCUCUCUCUGUAAACUAAAUCUUCUGAAUUUGUGAAGAUAAAUUGUUAAAACUCUCAAUUUUAGUUGCUUUUAUGCUUUAAAAGAUAGUUGUGUUGAUGUAGAAAAAAUCUGAAAGAUGCAAGACAGAGGACACGCAAGUCCAGUACUGGAAAACACUGAGAUAACAUUACUGUCAGUCACAUGAUUUGACAUGCUUUUUAAACAAAUAUGUAAAAGAAAUUAGUUGGUAACAGUAAUUCAAAUUUAAAUCAAUUAUUAAGAUACAAGGUGGAAUAAAUCACUGUCCUCUAAACAAGGUGUGUUACCAAAAAUUAUCAACGUACAUAUUCAACUGUUUCAACUGCUAGAAUGUUUGUACAAAGUACAAGUUGAAAAAAAUGCUGGUAUCACUUCAGAGUAAUUUGACAUGAUAUAUCAAUUAAUGAGGAACUACUCAUCAACUGUUUGGUGUUUCUCAAAUCAGGUCUAUUUUUUUUGUCUUUUUCUUUAUGCAAACUAAAAGAAAUUUCUCUGUGAUCUCUAAGUAUACACAUAUAAGUAUGGGGAAAACAUACAAAUAACAUAAUUAAAACAGCUAAGAUGUCUAAGUGCAACAAGUGAGCUAGACAAUCUUAACAUUAAGUUCGGCUAUUUAGAAAGAUUUAUUUAUUUAUGGCGGUCUGAUGAGGGCUUUGAGGAAUCUGAUGAAACUCACAACGUUCCUGCAGCCACUCAAACAGAGAGGAGGGACGCUCCUUAGCUCCCCUCACUGUCCUCUGCAGGACAGAGGACAGUGAGGGGUAAUGUCUGUGGUACUGCAGCUGCUGAAUGACAUUGAGGUGCCAUACAGCAGUACAUCAACAGACUCUCAAUCACUCCUUGGUAAAAAUUGUAAAAUUCUGACUGUGCUUCAUUCUGUCAGGCUCUGCUGGCUGCAUUUAAUCCCAGCACUGGUUUUUUGUUGUUGUUGUUUUAAUCAGAACAAGUAAUCAAAGGUCUGCUGAACUUUCUGCUAACACUCAAGGACUCAAUGCAGGUUACUGGGUUUCCUUAGAGAGAGACAGAGAAAGAGAAAGAGAA